AGGGUUGUUAUCUCAUUGUUCUCAUAAAAUUUUGGUGCAUGAAUCCUCAUUUAAAUAUUGAUUUUUUUUUGUUAGUAUUCUCAUACGCAUCCUAUCAUUUACUCUCUGUAAUAUUUAUUCUGCAUUCGUCUACGUAACUUCAAAAUUAAGGAGAUUGCAUAGGGAAACUCUAUCGUCUCAGAAGCAUGAGCUCAACUCUGUUUAGUGUGUUUGGUUGUUUACUAACUGCUCUAUUUAAGAGAGUUUGUGACUGCUCUUUCUCUCACUAGACACGCUUAGGUGUUCUUUGUUUUCAUUUUAGUUCAAAUUAUACUGUUAAAUUUGCACAAGGAGGAGAUGGCACGAAGUGAACUGGGGGGCUCUUUUUUCUUCUUGUUGUAAAUUUAAUUUUAGGCUUUGAAGCUGUUGAAUAGGCAUUUUGCGGUCGCUGUUGUUUCUUGUUUUAGAUUGAGAUUAGGAUUUUUUGCUGUUGAAUAGGGCUGUUGUGGUCUAAAUGGCACCAGCCAUGGUCCUCGGUACCACUCAUUCUCCAAUGGGGAUCAGGAUUUUGGAUUACUUUUGCAAUAGGCGUGGGCUCAUUUUUAUAACUGGUUUUAAUCCGUUAUUUUCGACUCGAAUUCAAUAUCCGGUUUUAAAGAUGGGGAUUAAUGCUUCGGAGGAUGGGCAAUCCACCUCUUUGUAUUUGGAAAAGGAGAGUAAGGAAGGGCAGUUGAUUGGGUUUGAAGAAAAUGGGCGAAUUGUGUCUGAAAAGGAAGGAGAGGGAAAGGACAAGAAGUUGAAAGCAGAAAGUGAUUUUAACGGAUUAGAAUUGUUAGAAGAUGAUCUUAGCUGGGAAGUUCAGAGUGCAAAAGACUAUAUGGAUAGGUCGAAGGAGUUUGACAGGCAGGAUAGUGGGCCACCUCGCUGGUUUACCCCUAUUGAAUGUGGGCGUCCAAUGAAGGAUUCUCCGGUUUUCCUCUUUCUGCCUGGAAUUGGUGGCACUGGUUUGGGGCUCAUGCGGCAUCAUCAAGCUCUUGGGAGGAUUUUUGAUGUUAGGUGCAUGCACAUUCCUAUUUAUGACAGAACACCGUUUGAAGGGCUAGUAAAAUUUGUUGAAGAUACCGUGAGGUUAGAGCAUGCACUAUCUCCAGACAGACCAAUAUAUCUUCUUGGAGAUUCUUUUGGGGGAUGUCUUGCACUGGCUGUUGCAUCUCGGAAUCCUGCUAUUGACCUUGUUUUGAUCCUUUCUAAUCCUGCAACAUCCUUUGGAAAGUCACAACUGCAACCUCUGUUACCUUUGAUUGAGGCUGUACCAGCUGGGCCACAUAGUGCCAUUCCACAUUUUCUAAGCACCAUAAGGGGUGAUCUUGUCAAGAUGGCAAUGGUUGAUGUUGCAGAGGGGCUUUCUCUUCCAGAUAUGGUGGCUCAGUUAUCCGACGGUCUUGUUGCCUUGUUACUCCGUCUCUCUGUGGCUUUGUCAAAAAUAAUAUCAAAGGGAACACUUGUAUGGAAAUUGAAGUUACUUAAAUCGGCUUCCUCUUAUGCCAAUUCCCGUCUUCAUGCUGUCAAAGCUGAAGUUUUGGUGCUUGCCAGUGGCAAGGACCAAAUUUUACCAAGUAUGGAAGAAGCGGAACGACUUCGCAAUACAUUACCAAACUGCAAUGUUCGAUUCUUCAAAGAUAGUGGCCAUGUAAUUUUAUUGGAAGAUGGUAUCAAUUUACUGACCAUUAUAAAAGGUGCCCAAGUUUAUCGUCGUUCAAGAAUUCGUGAUUUCGUCUCUGAUUUCCUUCCGCCUACUUUAAGUGAAUUCAAGAGAAUAUAUGACCAACAGAAUGGUUGGUUUCGUCAAGCUGUCAAUGCAGUGAUGCUUUCAACUAUGAAAGAUGGGACAAUCGUGAGGGGUCUUGCCGGAAUUCCCGACGAAGGUCCUGUUUUAUUUGUUGGUUAUCACAUGUUGUUAGGACUUGAGUUGUAUUCCCUCAUAGGGGCAAUCUUGAGAGAAAAAAAAAUACUCGUGAGAGGCCUUGGUCAUCCACUUUUGUUCACAAAAUUCUCUGAGAGUUAUUUCAUAGAUCCACCAUUUGAUACAAUCAGGAAUUUUGGUGCAGUGCCUGUCUCACCAAGCAAUCUGUUUAAACUUCUUUCAAGAAAAGCUCAUGUUCUUAUGUAUCCAGGGGGUGUACGUGAAGCUCUUCAUAGAAAGGGUGAAGAAUACAAGUUGUUUUGGCCAGAGCGUCUGGAAUUUGUCAGAAUGGCCGCUAAAUUUGGUGCGACUAUAGUACCGUUUGGUGUUGUUGGAGAAGAUGACAUCAUAGAACAGUUGGUUGUUGAUUACAAUGAUUUGAUGAGCUUCCCUCCAGCUAGAGACUGGAUCAAGCUACAAGAUACGAAGAUUAUCAGAUUAAGGACUGAUCUGACUGGGGAGGUAGCAAACCAAGACGUGCAUUUGCCUGGGCUUUUGCCAAAAAUACCUGGGCGAUUUUAUUAUUUAUUUGGGACGCCUAUUGAGACUAGAGAGAAAAAGGAUGAAUUCAGAGACAAAGAGGAAGCGCAUAAGCUCUACCUGUACUUAAAGUCAGAGGUGGAGAACAUUAUGUCCUACUUAAGGAAGAAGAGAGAGGAGGACCCUUACAGGAGUUUAUUACCGAGGGCUUUGUAUCAGGCGACAUGGGGUUUCACUAAGGAAGUUCCCACAUUUGAGCUAUGAAAGGCUGGUAUGAAGGUGUAUUUUAUCAUUUGUUGGUUGUAUAGUGGUGAGAUAAGAUGUAUAAUUGAGAGGAUAUUCAUAUGAAAUCUGAUGUUUUCAUGCAUUUAUAUUCUUCAGGCUUCUGCACAACUUGGAUCAAUUGAUUGCCUCAAAAACCUUGUACAGCAGUGAUAAGUUUAAAUGCCAAAGCUUGUGACUGUCGCUA